AGUCGACGCUGCUGUACAACGCAACGUGCGCGUGUUAUUGUUCUCCCCGGGACAGACCGUGCGGGUGCAUAUUAGGGAGGCGAUGCCUCGCGCGCGGGGGCUCCGUGAAAAACGACAGCUCACGUGCGUGCGCGGUGCGUCUUGAGGAAGCCAGGGUCUGUAAAUAAAGCAAUGGCCGGGUGCGGGGAGAAGCGGGACGAUGCUGCCGUGAUCAUCGUGGAGAACGAGGCGGAGAGCAUGCCGGUGCAGGAGGAGAGGUCCGGUCCGAGUCCCGCCGGUCGCCUGGACACCUGUCCCGUCUGCCAGCUCAACUUCCACAGCAGGGAGCCCAAACUUCUGCCCUGCCUGCACUCCUUCUGCAGGAAGUGUUUGCCGUCACCCUCGCGGAAUUUGGCCACAGCUGAGGCGCCAAACUCCCACGCUGACAGCGCGAUCAAACCACUCAAUGUGAUCCGCUGCCCGGUGUGCAGGCAGGAGUGCAUGGAGGUGGACGUGAUGGAUAACGUCUUUUUGAAGGACUCGGCUGAGGCUCCCAGCAGCACAGUGGAGAAGACCGUCCAGCUCUGUAUGACCUGCGACGACAACACCGAAGCCGCCGGCUUCUGCGUGGACUGUGUGGAGUACCUGUGCGCCACCUGUGUGGAGGCCCACCAGAGAGUCAAAUUCACCAAGGACCACGUCAUUAGACUGAAGACAGGCGUCUCACAGGAGGUCCGCAGUGUGUCGACUCACAGGCCGAUGUUCUGCGACGUCCACAAACAGGAGCCUCUGAAGCUGUUCUGUGAGACCUGCGACCUGCUCACCUGUCGAGACUGCCAGCUCGUGAAGCACAAAGAUCACAAUUAUCAGUUCCUUGAGGAUGCUUACAAAAACCACAAACAGCACAUGGAGAGCAUGACCCAUCAGCUGCAGGAGAAAAAGAAACUGAUUGAGGAGGUCUCCAACUCCAUCAAUAAUGGACUUCUUCAGGUUGAUCAGAACCGCACGUCGGUCCAUAAUGAAAUCAAGAAAUCUGUCUGCAGUCUGAUUCUGGAAAUAAACAAAAAGGGCAAGAUGCUUCUUAAUCAACUGGAGUCUGCAACCAAGGAUCACGAGAGCGUCUUGAGAAAACAGCAGGAGGACAUUGGUUAUUUAUCCAGACACCUGGAUCACGUCAUCAGCUUCACCAAAUGGGCCACAGCCAGGAGCGGCGGCACGGCGCUCUUGUACUGCAAACGCUUGAUUCUGUUUCAGAUUGGGAAUCUCCUGCGGGCGAAAUGCAGCGCCUCGUUUGUGCCGCAGAGCACCGUGCGCUUUCAGUGCCGAGCCUCCUACUGGGCCUCCAACGUCGAUCUCGGCUCUUUAGUGGUGGAGAGUGUCCCGGGCCACCAGCUGGGUGGUUUUCAGGGUUUCCCUCAUCAGCUCAGCCUCCCCCCUCAAGGCCCCUCAGGCUCCCCCCACAGCUUCGCCCUGGGAGGUCCCAACAGCACCCUGGCUCAGCUCCAGAUGCAGGUGGACAAGCUGAACCCGCAGCCCCACUGGCAGCCCCAGCCUCCGCCCCCGCCCUGGACGUGGUACCAGAGCGUCAGGCUGCCACGGACAGUGCUGGGGGGCUCCCCGUCCCAGAGCAUGCCCCCUCAGCCAGGUCGCAGGUUCAUGGCACCUCCUCCCAGCCAUGUCAGCCCAACCAGCAGCUUACCAAGCCCUGGAUUUUCUCCCCAGCAUCAUGUGAGGAUGAUGGGCGGCAGCUCCAGCUACCAAAACAAACCUCUGGAUGGACCGUCGCCUCUGUAUACACACGUGCCGUCACUGCCCAUCAACUCUGGCAUCAGUUUGUCACAGCCACGACCUCUGAUGGAGUCCACGUACGUGAACAGGAGGAAUGAUCCAGUUGGUCCGUUAUACAUGGUGAAGCCAAACUAUCCUCAGGGCCUACCUCCUUCUUUACAAGCCAGAAAUGGCCUUCAAAAUUCCCCAGGGUUUGCUCCGAUAUCCCAGGAGGAAAAACCAGAACCUGCAUCUUGGAAACCUGAAGAAACGCACCAAGCGAACGGAUCGGCGGUCUCUGCUGCCAAGAGGAGGCGGAGGUCGUCUCCAGGGCCGAUCAUUGUUAUCAAAGAUGAGCCGGACGACGACAGCAGCUAUACACAUGCCAGUCUCACCGCCAGCCUCCCCGACAGCACAAACGACCAGCUGAAAAUCACUUCUCAAGGCGAAGGAAAAAUGGUCCCGGCCCUCCGUUCCGCCUCGCAGCCCCUCGGCGGCCCUUUGGAUCAGAGUCCGGCCAAACCUGUAAAUCACAGCCGCUCGGAGGGAGAGGAGCAGCAGGCCGAUCAAACCGGAGCUCGGUCAGAAGACUCUAAUGAAGUCCUGUGCGCCGUGUGUCGGACGGCUGGACACUCGCUGACCUGCCACAAGUGUCUCAAAGUUUUUCAUCUCGCCUGCCAUGUUCCGUCUGUCCUCAGAUCUCCCAGCGGGGAAUGGCUCUGCUCUUUCUGCCGUGACCUGUUAGUGCCUGAGAUGGAGUACGACUGCAGAGCUGAGAGCAAACCUGAGGCCAAGACUGUGAAGAUGGAGACGGAUUCUGAAGGAGGACUUUGCCCCGUGGAGAAAAGAAAGUGCGAGAGACUUUUGCUGCUCUUGUUUUGCACCGAGUCCAGUUCGGAUUUCCAGGAAUCCGCAUCCCCCUCGGUAUGUGCUAGAAACAGGCAGACUAUAAAGGGACCAGUGAAUCUCUCCACUGUGAAAAAGCGUCUGGAGGCUGAGCAGGGCCUGUGUUACCAGAGCUCCGCAGAGUUUGUGUCAGACGUUCGGCUCAUCUUUGGAAACAGAGCGCUGCUCAGUGAGUCUGACUCAGAAACGGCCUCGAAACGAAGGAGGUUUGGGGAGCUGUUCGAAGAGCGCCUGAAGGCCCUCUACCCCGAGCAGACCUUCCCAGAGAUCAAACUGGAGGUGAUACCAGCUGCCCCGGCCGACGCCGAACCCCCGUCUCUUGACGACACGUCCCAGAUUACAAAGCGCCAGCGCGUGUGUUCGGACUCCCAGGAUGCACCCAGUCGUCCCAGUGGAAUUGUGGGAACUGUCUGAGUGCUCAAACCUUUGAACCAUUUUUAUUACAAACACUUGUGAUACACAGUUACCUUCCAGUUGCAGAACAUGUUUUGUAUGUUUAGUAUUUAGAUGAUUUAUGCUACAGGGUCUAAAAUCAGCAAACGAUCAGGAUUAUGUUACGUUAUGUUACGUUACGUUAUGUUCAUUAUCCUUUGACUGGCCAUAACUUGAAGGUUCAAAUGAUAUUCAUACAAAAGGUGUGUACGAUAUGUUGCAUAUUUACGAAUGUACAGGACAGAACAAACAAGCUCUUCUUGUGUAAAUAUAAAGGUGCAUCUCAAAAACUUAGAAUAUCAUAGAAAACUGAUUUCCACGUUCAUAACAUACACAAAUUAUCAAAUGCAUUUUUAAAUGAUUUGUACUGAAUUUAACAUUGAGUUAAUAAAGAAGGAAAAACAUCUGUAAAACCAUAAUUUUGAUUUCCAGGAUUUGUAUGCUCAAACAAUGUGGAAUAAGUUGACGGUAGAUGUGAUCAUUCAAGUUUUUGAGAUGAACUUGAAGCUGUAAGAUAAACUCUGGUAAUGAUGGGAUGUCAGUCAUAUGUCCGUCCAGCAUUAACGUGUUUCUGAGUCCUUCAGGGCUGCAGAGUGUGAAAGAGGGAGACUGAGGCAGCUAAAUUUUUCAAUUUCAGUCACAGUUAUCCAAUAUUGUUUUGUGAAAUUAGGUAUUUAUGUUUAAUAAAGUAUUUAUUUAUUUACUUUGAUUAUUUAUGUAUUUACCUUCAUAGCUUUAACUUGACUCCUCUCGACUCUCGGCUCACUGUAGUGAUUUCUUUCUCAUACGUUUGGCUGUAAACCUCCAUGCCCACAGGUCAAUUUACAGGCGGGUUUCCACAGGGUACAAUAAAAUCUUGAU